CCUUUUAUUCUACCUUAAUCGCCUCUGCUCCAAAAUGGCAUUUCUCGUAAUUUUAUCCUCUCUCCUCUCUCUGCUCCACCUCUCGACAUCAGCAACAGCUCUCUCCAUUGGCGUGAACUACGGUACUCUCGCAGACAACCUACCUCCCCCAUCGCAGGUCGCGAGCUUCCUGAAACAGUACACCAACAUCGACCGCAUCAAGCUCUUCAACGUAGACCCCACCAUCCUCCGCGCCUUCGCCAACACCAACAUCGCCGUCACCGUCACCGUCGGUAACGGCGACAUCCCCGCCCUGGCCCGCCUCCCCGCGGCCCAGUCAUGGAUCACCACCAACAUCUCCCCGUUCUACCCUGCCACCAACAUCUCCUACAUCGCCGUCGGCAACGAGAUCAUCGCCACCGCCGACAAGAACCUCAUCGCUCAUCUCCUACCUGCCAUGCGAACCCUCCAAAACGCUCUUAAAUUAGCUGGAAUGACAAACGUCCGUGUCUCCACUCCUCACUCCCUCGGCAUCCUCUCCUCCUCCGAGCCCCCGUCCUCGGGUCGAUUCCGCCGCGGCUACGACCGUGUGAUCUUCGCUCCGAUGCUUGAUUUCCACCGUAAAACGAAAACCCCUUUCAUGAUAAAUCCCUACCCCUACUUCGGAUUCUCUGAAAAAACCCUAAAUUAUGCUCUCUUCAAGCCAAAUCCUGGGAUUUUCGACGCUGCUACAGGUCACAACUACACCAACAUGUUCGACGCCCAGCUUGACGCCAUUUAUUCCGCCAUGAAACGGCUCGGGUACGGAGACGUCGAACUCCUCGUGGCGGAGACCGGGUGGCCCUCGCUCGGGGACGCGAACCAGCCGGCCGUGAAUAUGGAGAACGCCAUUUCUUAUAACGGGAAUCUUAUACGGCACGUGAACUCCGGCAAGGGAACGCCAUUGAUGCCAGGACGGAAGUUCGAGACGUACAUCUUCGCCCUGUUUAACGAGAAUCUGAAGCCCGGUUCGACCGCCGAGAGGAAUUUCGGGCUUUUCAAGCCGGAUCUGACUCCGGUUUAUGAUGUUGGGGUCAUGCGCGCUGAGGCGCCCACCAACCCCACAACACCGACCGGUUCGGGGAGCAAGUGGUGCGUGCCAAAACCGGGGGUGAGCGUGCAGGCCUUGCAAGCCAACAUCGAUUACGUGUGCAGCACGGGUCUCGAUUGCAGCCCCAUCCAGUCUGGUGGGCCAUGCUUCACACCUGACACGAUCGAGUCCCACGCUGCCUACGCCAUGAACGCUUAUUAUCAAUCCAAUGGUCGAAACGACUUCAACUGUGAUUUCGCUCAAACCGGGACCGUCGUAACAUCCGACCCAAGCUACGGGACGUGCAAGUAUAGCUCUUGAAAAGGGUGGAGAAAGUGGGUGGCGCAAAUCUCGAGGUUCACACCUUCUGAGGACUUUCUUUGCAUUUGUAUUUAUCGUUUUGCCUCUUUUCUAAUUAGUUUGUAAUUUGUAAGGGUAGGGAGUCAUUUUUUUAACUUUUACUUUAUCUAUGGUUUUAAUGUGGAGGUGGCAUGUGCUGAUGUUGACUGUUAAUUAUUUAAUGGAAUAUGGUUUCUUAA